CAGAUUUCUCAACACAUAGGUGUAUUCUUAUCUUGUGAUUAAUUCAUCUGAUGCUGAAUUCAUUAUAUGUGGUUUUAAUAAGAUAUUAAUUGUGCAUGAAAUUGAAAGUGUAAUUUAACAUUAGAUGACGUCGUUCUUAAGAUUUCACUAAAAUGACCGAGGAGAACUAAUUUAGUGACCUUUUGGAAACAAUGGAUGUAUUAAGUAAUAUAUGUUAAGUAACUUGAAAGAGGUGCUUUAACCUCUGAUCGUGACGUAUUUCCUCGUGGUCAAUUUUCUACUUGUAACUUGAAACGCGGUUGCUUCUGUUAUGUUACUUUCCUGUGUUAAAUUAAUAUAAUUCAAUAACACAUAUACACCCUGUGAACUAAAACGUUUUUGAUACAGGAUAAACAUGGACGUUUACGCUUAUAUCAUAAGCAUUGUGUUCUUUGGAAUUGUGAGCAUACGGGCACAGUCAAUGGAAACAUCCCAUACUGGACUAACAAGCUUCCAACAGCUAGACCGGACUGUUGUCGAUUCAUUGUUAAAAAUCGUAGACGAUAAGUUUGAUUCUCUAAGUGAACGGAUAUCGUCUUUAGAAAGAUCAGUCAAUGGAUUGCAGUAUUAUAAUGUAAGACAAUUCAAAAUAGUCAAUUCAAAUCUAAAUUCUGUUAAUAAAGUAUUGCAAGCAAUGAAUUCGCAAGUGGGAUUGAUGGAUGUCGAAAACAAAGGUGUAAAGAUAUCUGUAGAUUUGAUGAAGCAAGAUUUAAAAGCAGUGGAGAAAACAAAUAAUUUAAUGUUUGAUGCCAUGGAGCAAAACUUUAAUUAUCUAAACAAGGGAUUUUCAGAGAAACUAGAAAACCUUCAAAGUAUGGUAUCAGUGAUUAAUCGAUCAUCUGAUGAAAUAGCACAGAAGAUGCAAGACGGAUUACCGCGUAAUAGUAUACCAGAAGUUAGAGAACCUAACUGCUCCAACAUACUUGAAAAGUUUGAAGAAAAAGUAGAUAUUGUAAUGAACAACACCCUAAGUAGCUUAAGGUACAUGCAAGAUGAAUCUACAAAUAGAAAAACAUUACAUGUCAUGAAUGUGUUGACUGAAACUUUGAAAAGCCUGAAUAAUGAUGUUAAAAGAACAAUGUCUUACUACUAUCAUACUGGUGAUUUGGUUGAGAGAAUCGUUGGAGCCACAGAAACAGUUGCCGAAGACCAAACAAGUAUUCGCGACGAUCUGCGGGAAUUUCUGGAGAAGCAGACCAAUAUAACGAACUGUAGCCAUCAAUAUAAAACUUUACCCACCUCAACCAAUCCUCCUACGGUGUCUAAUCACAGACAGUCAGAACAAGUGUCAAAAUGUGAAAUUCCUGUACAUGCUAUUACUGAAUUUAAACAAGUAUUGAAAAAUGGAUCACAAUUAGUGGAACUUGUUACUGAUUUGGCCCAAACUAGUCAGAUUUCUCUAAAAACAACCGUAGUAGAACUUCUGAAAGAGGUUCAUCGCUUGAAGGAAAGUAAGAAAACAGACAUAAAUCACCAAAAUCCACCGACGAUCAAUGGAUUUAUUGAGUAUGACUUUGAGUUGUUGUUAAAUGCUACAAAGGGAGUAUUACAGAUGAUAGAGGCUGUGGCUUCUAAUACGCGAUGGAUUCCUUACAUCUUCCAUAACUUACAAUUUGUAGAAGUGCAAGUUAAUCAUACAUUAGCCAAUUCUGUGAGCAUACAGGGUGUUCUAGAUGGUCUCGAAAGAGGUCACAGUACUUCGGGAUUGGAUAAAUUCUUUGCAGUGGAAAACUUUACUAGAAUGUUUAACUACAUCCAUCAGUCAGCUACCAAGCUCGAACGUUUGACCCCGCCAUUGACUCGAUUAUUAGGAGAGCCAGAACCUUUUAUUGUUAUAAACGGAGGUGCUAGAGACAAUGAAGGACGCGUUGAAAUUUACAAGAAUGGCAAAUGGGGAACUCUUUGUGGGAGGUUCGGCCAUAUAGAAGCAGCCUAUAUUUGUCGUCACCUUGGAUACAUGGGAGGAAAUUCGGCGGGAAAUGGUUACUUCGGUAGUGGAAGUGGAAUGUUCUGGAAAAUGAAUGUUAGCUGUCUAUAUACAAGACAGUGUGAUAUUGUAAAGCCAAUGAUCCAUUCUGACCACUGUGACCACCAGCAAGACUUCGCUGUCAUCUGUGAUCACAUGGUUCGAUUAAGAACAGACGAUGAAUCCAAUAGCAGAAACAUUGGUUAUCUAGAAAUUCAUCACAUGGAUCAAUGGUCGCGGGUUUGUUCAACUAACUGGUCGGCGGAAAACUCACGAGUUGUUUGUAAGCAGCUGGGAUAUGAAGAUGGUGUUCUAUCCUCGCCCAGUGCUGAACAAGUACUUACCACAGAGGUUGUUGCUGUUAUGAACAAAGUUAAUUGUACAGGAAAUGAAAUCAGAUUGGACGAAUGUAAAUAUGGUGGUUGGUCUCCAAAUCUAUGUCCGUCAAAAAAAUUUGUUCAUUUGACUUGCUCUUGAAAACAGAACUAUUAGUACGAACUAAGAAAAUCAUUUUAACAAGCCUAGUCUUAUUUAUAGAAAUGUACACAUUGGUUGAUACUGUAGCUGACAUAUCUGUGUUCUAACAGAUUUGUUGUUUUUGUUUAGAUAUAUCUGCAUGUACAAUAGUGUGAAAGCAGCAUAUUUCAUUUCUUCAUUUCAGCUGGCACCAGUCGUACCGAACAAUUUCCCGUCCUUUUCCACAUAUUGAUGAAAUGUUAUUUACUUUGUCAUAUUUCGUUUAUAAAUAAAUAACUCGUCUCUUA